CGCUGAAACCUCCAAGGGGAUCGGAGGGACCGCUAGGAGCCCGGGACCCCGCCUCCGCCCCGCCCAGUCAGACCUACUGGAACCCUUUGUAGUUAAGGAGGGGACCCAGCAGCCCCAGGCCGAGUGUCAGGAGGUGGCGCGGGAGGCUGGAUCUGCGCGGAACAAGGAUUCUGCAGGCAGCGCGGGCGGGACCCUCAAAUACAAAGGGUCUCUCAGCCCUGCGGAGGUCAGGAGGGAUGAAAGGGGACCGCCGGGCCAAUCCGAUAGCAAGAUUCACAGCCGCGAGCUCAGGAGCCAAUCGGACCCCCGGAGCAGCAGCGAGGCGGGUACGGAGCCAAUCAUCUGUGAGGAAAGGGCGAAGGGGCGGAUCCGCGUGGAGUUUCAAAUCGGAUGGGUGGGCGAGGAGCAGCUGUGCUCAGCGUCGGGUCAGCGUUGGACGCUGCUGCGGUCUGCUGGGCAGGACAGACUCUCGGCCAGGCAGAUGUCUUCUCGGUGGCCAAGCGUGGGGGUCUCCAUGCGUCGGAGAUCUCUCCAGAACCAGGAGCAGCUGGAGGAGAGCGAGGUCCUACAGCCUGCAGUCAGCCACCCGGAUACCUCCAGUGGGGCCUUGGGAUCCCUCUGUAGACAGUUCCAAAGGAGGCUGCCCCUGAGAGCAGUCAGCCUCAACCUUGGGGCAGGCCCCUCCUGGAAACGCCUGGAAACUCCAGAACCAGGGCAGCAGGGCCUCCAGGCUGCAGCUCGCUCAGCUAAGAACGCCUUGGGUGCCAUGUCUCAGAGAUUCCAGGAGUCCUGCCACAGCGGCACUAAGUGGCUGGUGGAAACCCAGGUGAAGGCCAGGAGGAGGAAGAGAGGGGCCCAAAAGGGCAGUAGUCCCCUGGCUCGCAGCCUGAGCCAGAGGAGCAGCCAGCUGUCCGGGGCCGCCCCUGCCUGCUCCACCCUGGGACCCUGGGACCCUCGGGCCGUCCCUCGGCGGCGGUCCAGGAGAGAGGCCGCCUUCCGGAGCCCCUAUUCCUCGGCAGAGCCCCUCUGCUCCCCCAGUGAGUCUGACAGUGAUCUAGAGCCUGUGGGGGCAGGGAUCCAGCAUCUCCAGAAACUCUCCCAAGAGCUGGAAGAGGCCAUCGUGGCUGAGGAGAGUGGCGACAUGACUGUUUCUCUCAUUCGUGACUGAGGACGGUGCCCUUCAGGUAAGCACCUUUCUCCAUGUCGUCCUCCUCCCGGCCCCCGCAUAAGCACGUAGGUAUACUCAGAAGCAUGUGAAAGAGCUGAGUCUUUUCUGGGAAAAAACCACAGAGCACAGGCCCCGCAGAGCAGGAAGCCAGCAAGUCUUCCAACCUGCUCGGAGCCAGAGCGUGGACCUCACUGAGCGCAUCGCCGACAGCGCACGCGGGGGCCCCAAGCACCGCAUGCACCUUUGCGGGGGGGUGGGGGGGAGGUAGAGGCUGUGGUGCCCCCACUUUCCCCUCCUUGAGCACUGUGCGGGGCACGAGGGAGCUCUUUCUUGUGGGAAACGAGCCACCUGUGACCACCACACCCUCACACCCAGGAUCCGCGCCUCCCGUGAGCUCCUGGAGGACCCAGGAGCCAGCAGUACCUCUGGGCUGCUGCAAACGAGGACCUGACUCACAGAGGCCCAGGUGGAGGCUGCUCAGGCUGCCACCCGACCCGCCAGUGACAACCCAUCACAUUCUGCGACAGGCAGGGGGUAUCCUUCAUUCUUCUCCCCUUUGGGCUUAGAAACUCAUCCCACACAUGACCCUUCCGUCACCUCACUGUAACAUGAGGUGCGGGCUCCAGGUCAUCCCUGAGAGCCCUGAGCUGCCUAUGUUCCCAGGGAUGGGGUCUGCAAAGAACCAGUCCCCUGUGUCACCAGUGCCAGGACUUGCCGGAGCCCAGCGUCUGGCCCUGCUUCCCACACCAGAGCCCCAGAAGAAGGAAGGAGAGAUUUCCAGGCUAGGAGACCCGGGGCCCACGGGUACCUAUUUACAUUCAGGCACACGGCAGACAGGGUGGGUAGCCCCACUCAGUAGCAAUUUCUGCCCUUGGUCAAUUAUUUAAGAGAGAAACCCGUGUAUGACUUUCCUAGAUAACAGUGCUUUUUCAUAAUAAAGACUCUCCUUCUGUA